AUGACCCCCGUGGACCGCACGCUCUACUGCUCCGCGCAUGCGGAGCUGAUGUGCGCCAUGGUGGCUGUGCUGAAACAUCCUCCCCACCCCCUCUCACCAUUUUCUCCACUCCGCCUCCCCGACAUGACCCCUGUGGACCGCACGCUUUACUGCUCCCCUCUGGCGUUUGACAAGCAGGCGGAGCUGAUGGCCGCCAUGGUGGUGGUUUGCAACACCCCUCCCCCCCCCUCUUCCCCCAAACCUUCCCCUCAGCAUGACUCCCAUGGACCGCACGCUCUACUGCUCCGCGCUGGCGUUUGA